GGCGCGGGGCAUGGGUCGGCGCCCCUAAGGCCAAUAAGCUUGGGGGGCGUGGCAGCCCGGCCGCUGGGCGGGGCUGGAGGAGCCAGUAUGAGUAGUUGUGGUACUAGCUGGGAAGAAAGUGGACUCUGCGUGGCGCGCUGAGAGUGCUGCCUGCGCUCGAACUUUGCUCAGUACGCAGAGACUCGGGUCUCCAGCCCCACUCCCGCAGCCAGGCCUCCCGGCCCCCUUGUGCGUCCGUGGUGGCCUCUCCGUCUUCCCUCUUCUCUUGCCCUCCCCAUGGCCUAGACAUGAGCGACCCCCGAGAAGGGGCUGAUGGGGGAGGGGACCCCAGGCCCGGGGAACCCUUUUGUCCUGGGAGGGCCCCCUCCCCCGGACCCCCACCACACCGGCCUUGCCCGGGCCCCAGCCUGGCAGAUGACACCGAUGCCAACAGCAAUGGCUCCAGCGGCAAUGAGUCCAAUGGGCCCGAGUCCAGGGGUGCAUCCCAGCGGAGCUCCCACAGCUCCUCCUCUGGCAAUGGCAAGGACUCGGCCCUGCUGGAGACCACUGAGAGCAGCAAAAGCACAAAUUCCCAGAGCCCAUCGCCACCCAGCAGCUCCAUUGCUUACAGCCUCCUGAGUGCCAGCUCGGAGCAGGACAACCCAUCGACCAGUGGCUGCAGCAGUGAACAGUCGGCCCGGGCGAGGACCCAGAAGGAGCUCAUGACGGCGCUGCGGGAGCUCAAGCUGCGGUUGCCCCCGGAGCGCCGUGGCAAGGGCAGGUCAGGGACCCUGGCCACACUCCAGUACGCGCUGGCCUGUGUCAAGCAGGUGCAGGCCAACCAGGAAUACUAUCAGCAGUGGAGCCUGGAGGAAGGCGAGCCGUGUGCCAUGGACAUGUCCACAUACACGCUGGAGGAGCUGGAGCAUAUCACGUCUGAGUACACGCUUCGCAACCAGGAUACCUUCUCGGUGGCCAUCUCCUUCCUGACAGGCCGCAUUGUCUACAUCUCGGAGCAGGCAGGUGUUCUGCUGCGUUGCAAGCGGGAUGUGUUCCGAGAUGCCCGCUUCUCAGAGCUCCUGGCUCCCCAGGACGUGGGUGUCUUCUAUGGCUCCACUGCCCCGUCUCGCCUGCCCACCUGGGGCACCGGGGCCUCGGCAGGGUCAGGCCUCAAGGACUUCACCCAGGAGAAGUCUGUGUUCUGUCGAAUCAGAGGAGGUCCUGACCGGGAUCCAGGGCCUCGGUACCAGCCAUUCCGCCUCACACCGUACGUGACCAAGAUCCGGGUCUCAGAUGGGGCCUCCGCACAGCUGUGCUGCCUGCUUAUCGCAGAGCGUAUUCACUCGGGUUAUGAAGCUCCCCGGAUCCCUCCCGACAAGAGGAUUUUUACCACGCGGCACACACCCAGCUGCCUCUUCCAGGAUGUGGAUGAGAGGGCCGCCCCGCUCCUGGGCUACCUGCCCCAGGACCUCCUGGGGGCCCCUGUGCUGCUCUUCCUGCACCCCGAGGACCGACCCCUCAUGCUGGCCAUCCACAAGAAGAUCCUGCAGCUAGCAGGCCAGCCCUUUGACCACUCCCCGAUCCGCUUCUGCGCCCGCAAUGGGGAGUACGUCACCAUGGACACCAGCUGGGCCGGCUUCGUGCACCCCUGGAGUCGCAAGGUGGCCUUUGUGUUGGGUCGCCACAAAGUGCGCACGGCGCCCCUGAACGAGGAUGUGUUCACGCCCCCGGCCCCCAGCCCAGCUCUGUCCCUGGACCCUGAGAUUCAGGAGUUGUCAGAGCAGAUCCACCGGCUGCUGCUACAGCCCGUGCACAGCCCCAGCCCCACAGGGCUCUGCGGAGUCGGCCCCCCGCCGUCCCCCGGUCCUCUCCUCAGCCCCGGCUCCUCCAGUGAUAGCAACGGGGGGGAUGCCGAAGGGCCUGGGCCUCCUGCCCCGGUGACCUUCCAGCAGAUCUGUAAGGACGUGCAUCUGGUGAAACACCAGGGCCAGCAGCUUUUCAUUGAGUCCCGGGCCCGGCCCCCACCCCGGCCACGCCUCCCUGCUCCAGGCAUUUCCAAGGCUAAGGCCCUUCCCUGUCAGCUCCUGGACACAGAGCUGGAGGCGGCUCCUGCUCCAUUCCUGGCCCCACUAGCCCUGGCCUCUGAGGAGGCCGAGAGGAAAGAAGCCUCGGGUUGUUCCUACCAGCAGAUCAAUUGUCUGGACAGCAUCCUCAGGUACCUGGAGAGCUGCAGCAUCCCCAACACGACCAAGCGCAAAUGUGCCUCCUCCUCGUCCUGCACCACCUCUUCGGCUUCUGAUGACGACAGGCAGAGAACAGGUCCAGCCCCCGCGGGAGCCAAGAAGGAUCCGCCGUUGGCAGUGCUGGCUGGGGUGGGGGCCACCCCGCGGAAGGAGCCAGUGGUGGGAGGCCCCCUGAGCCCGCUUGCCCUGGCCAAUAAGGCAGAGAGCGUGGUGUCCGUCACCAGUCAGUGUAGCUUCAGCUCCACCAUCGUCCAUGUGGGAGACAAGAAGCCCCCGGAGUCGGACAUCGUCAUGAUGGAGGACCUGCCUGGUUUGGCUCCGGGCCCGGCCCCCAGCCCGGUCCCCAGCCCCACCGUAGUGCCGGACCCAGCCCCAGACGCCUACCGCCCUGUGGGCCUGACCAAGGACGUGCUCUCCCUGCACACCCAGAAGGAGGAGCAGGCCUUCCUCAGCCGCUUCCGCGACCUCGGCAGGCUGCGUGGGCUUGUCGGCUCCUCCACGGCCCCCUCGGCCCCUGGCCAGCGAGGCUGCCACCACGGCCCGGCGCCCCCUGGCCGCCGCCAGCACUGCCGAUCCAAAGCCAAGCGCUCACGGCACCACCAGAACCCCCGGGCCGAAGCCUCCUGCUACGUCUCCCACCCCUCGCCUGUGCCACCCUCUGCCCCCUGGCCCCCUCCACCAGCCAACACCCCCUUUCCAGCUGUGGUCCAGCCCUAUCCUCUUCCAGUAUUCUCCCCCCGAGGAGACCCCCAGCCUCUUCCCGCUGCCCCCACCACUGUGCCCUCUGCACCUUUCUCUGCUCCCCUGGUGACCCCCAUGGUAGCCUUAGUGCUCCCUAACUAUCUGUUCCCUCCCCCAUCCAGCUAUCCCUAUGGGGCAACUCAGCCCCCUGCUGAGGGGCCUCCCACCCCUGCCUCCCACUCCCCUUCUCCGUCCUUGCCCCCUCUGCCCCCCAGCCCUCCCCACUGCCCGGAUUCUCCACUCUUCAACUCAAGAUGCAGCUCCCCACUCCAGCUGAAUCUUCUGCAGCUUGAGGAGCCUCCCCGUGCUGAGGGGGCUGCUGUUGCAGGAGGCCCUGGGAGCAGUGCUGGGCCCCCUCCUCCCAGUGAGGGGGCCACCGUGCCAGAGGCCAGACUGGUGGAAGUGACCGAGUCCUCCAACCAGGAUGCGCUGUCGGGCUCCAGCGACCUGCUGGAGCUGCUGCUGCAAGAGGACUCUCGCUCCGGCACGGGCUCUGCUGCCUCGGGCUCCCUGGGCUCCGGCUCCGGCUCCGGCUCUGGGUCUGGCUCAGGCUCCCACGAGGGGGGUAGCACGUCAGCCAGUAUCACACGCAGCAGUCAGAGCAGCCACACAAGCAAGUACUUUGGCAGCAUCGACUCUUCUGAGGCUGAGGCUGGGGCCGCCCAGGCCAGGGUGGAGCCUGGGGACCAGGUCAUCAAGUAUGUACUCCAGGAUCCCAUCUGGCUACUCAUGGCUAAUGCAGACCAGCGGGUCAUGAUGACCUACCAGGUGCCCUCCAGGGACAUGGCCUCGGUGCUGAAGCAGGACCGGGAGCGGCUCCGGGCCAUGCAGAAGCAGCAGCCGCGGUUCUCGGAGGACCAGCGGAGGGAGCUGGGUGCUGUGCACUCCUGGGUCCGGAAGGGCCAGCUGCCUCGGGCCCUGGAUGUGACGGCCUGUAUGGACUGUGGUAGCAGCACCCAAACUCCCAGCCACCCCGAUGGCCCCCUCUUCUCCGAGCUGGAUGGACUGGGGCUGGAGCCCAUGGAGGAGGGCGGAGGCGAGGGUGGCGGCGGUGGUGAGGGCGGAGGAGAGGGAGAGGGAGGAGGAGAGGCCGGGACCCAGGCGGGGGCUGGCGUCUUCGACUGUCAGGACCAGGCCAUGGAGGAGGAGGAGCAAGGUGGGAGCACAGCCGGUUCAGCCUUACCUGCCCCAGGACACAGCACCAGCUAGACUCCACUCUGGGGCCACCUGUGGGAGCCCACAAGAGGCUUCCUUUCCCCGGUCCCAUCUUCAAGAACUCAGCUGUGGCCGGACCAAUCAUUCAGAAACUGCCCCAGCUUCUCCCGCUGUAGGGGGCUGGACCCCCAUCACCAGCCUAGGGUCCAGGGACUGCCUCCCGGCCCCUUCUUAGGGCACGAAGACCUGUGACUCCUCAGCCCAGCCCAGAGGUGCCCCCCCCCCUACCCCCAGUGAGGAGCCCUUGGAACCCUUGCCCUUCUAGAUGGGGUUUGCUGCCAAGCUGCUGAAGAGGCCCCUCUGAACCCUGCUGAGCCCGAGUCCUGGUCCCGGAGGGUUGGGGCUGCACUUAUUUAUUGAGGGAGACAGCCCUCUCUCGCACUUCCUCCCUACAACCCAGAUGGGAGGAGGUGGCCUGCGGCCCAAGGAGGACCCUGGGGUCCAGGCCCCUAGCUGCUUCAGGGUGGGGGAGGUUGGUAGACCAUGGAGUCCCUGGUGCUGCCCCUCAGGUGGGACCCAGGUGUUCUCAGCUGUAUCCUCUACUGAUGGCGUUUGUGUUUUUGAUAUUGUGUCUGUUAUUUUUUUAAUACAAAAAAGGAAAAAAUGAC